AUGCCUUCCCAAGCUGAAAUCGCUUCCUCGUUUAUAGAGGGAGCCCCGCCAGGCGAGAUUCUAACAGACAGCGUGUUGACAACAGAUAUCAAGGCGUUGACCUCCGGCUCCAACCUUAUCCCUUCCCUCGAGCCGGCAUUCAGGAAGUACAACGAGGCACAGCUUGCCACGGUAAAACUGGCCGGAAGUAGUCGAGAGGUCAUCGUUAGUGCCUAUAACAAGCUCGAAGACGGACGAUAUUUCGACGUUGAAAGCCAGACAUCCUUCGAUUUUGACCAUGUUUCACAGACAGCUUCCAACCCCCGGUCAUACGUUCUUGAAUCUCAGAACGCAGACCUCAUAAAAUCUUACCUCAAACUCAUCUCGUCGCAUGCCCGUGAACAUUACCCGAACAGCUCAUACGGCGUCUACCCUUCCCAGGACGACUCCUCCAUCGCCAUCCUCCUGGUAGCGAACAAAUACUCUCCAAACAACUUCUGGAACGGAAGAUACCGCGCCAUAUACAAUGUGCCGGCGACCUCUGCCGGUACAAUCACCGGUAAUAUCCAUGUCGAUGUACACUACUAUGAAGACGGAAACGUUUCUCUCAACAACCAGAAGCCGGUAUCUAUAUCAAUACCCUCGGCCUCUCCAGCAGAUGCUGCUUUCAAGCGUAUCGUAGCCGCUGAGAGAGAGCAUCAGGAAGAGCUGAACGAUGCGUUCAACCGGUUGUCUGAGGGUGCAUUCAAGGGCCUACGCCGACAGCUCCCCAUUACACGACAGAAGGUUGAGUGGGAGAAGAUCGGCGCAUAUAGGCUUGGAAAGGAUAUAUCUGGUGGUACAGGCUACUGA